GCCGCUGUGCGUGCACACCACGAAUAAAUGAUUUUUUUUUUUUCUAAGCGGACCGACCGAACCCCGCACAGUUUAAAUUAUCAUAAUCUCUUAACAAUCCUUAAUUGGACGGGACCGUUCGGGACGUCGAGAGCACAGCGCACAAUACACGCAUUGGCAUACAGUCCCUUGGUCUCGCCGUGUCUCGUGAUCUCGCGUUCGACAUUAUAAUACCUAUUGUUAUACACACACACCGUAAUAUUACUUAGGACGUUCAAAAUCGCGUCUUAGUUUUUUGAACACAACGGUUUAGCUCCCGAAUAGCAAAAUAUAAUAAUAACUUCGUCGGUAUAGAGGUACCUACCUAUAUUUGAUGUGAAUUCAUUUCGUCUGAAAACUUUUACCGCUCAUACUCCGGUCAAAGAUGUACCGUCUGUUUUUCGUACUGUGUUUGUGUUACGGUUUGCUGGGCCACGCGUCCUCGGAAGAAACAACCACUUCGGUGUACGAACACUGCGGCAACCUGCAGCUUCAGGAAAACAUUCAAAUUAAAUUGAUAACUGGUACAUGGUAUGUAAUUGAAGUUCUGCAACACAAAACGGACGAAAAAUUUAAUGGAGAAAAAUUUGACGUACCCACUUGUCCUUCUGUUUUCAUAACGCUCGCGGGCUCUGAUACAGAUCUGAAAUUGUACUGGAACGAAGAUUUGGGUGACGUUGAAUAUCAGUUCAAAAUUAGAGACAGAACGGCUCCCGGAUUUUGGACUUCGUCUGGAUUUCAAAACGGCACCUUAGUGCAAGUGACCAGCUACGACCAGUUCGCGGGCAUGGUGUACGUCCGGAAGGCGAUCAGCAAUCACAUGGUGUUGACGUUCUGCUCGCCGAACACGCAGUUGUACAGCGUGGUGCUGGCCAGGGACAAGACCCUGGACCCCAGAGACCUGAAGAGUAUCGUGAACCACAUGCACUUGCAAAAGUUGCCCAUCACACAGACGAAACGUACGUGUCGCAACUCGGCGUCUUCGGCCCGAGCCACCAUUUGGAUGACCACUGCGUUCUGUUUGACGUACCUGAUGUGGUACCUACAGCAGCACAAAUAGGUCGAGACCACUACAGUCAGCUAUUUAAUUCACGACGAGGCAAACGGACGCGUAAAAACACACACCCAACCACACACACAUACACACAUACACACACACACACACACACACAUGGGGGCGCAGGGUCGGCGUUGGUCGAAGUCUGCGAGGGGGGUAUAAUAUAAAAAUAUAUGUAAAAAUACAUAGUUACAGAAAAAUUAAUUAAUAUGCCUUUGAACGGUAAAUUAAUUAACUAGGUACCCAUUUUAUUUGUGCUAAAAACGGAAUUAAUGAUACUCAAACGUAAAUUAUGGACAUAACAAAUAUAAGCAAAAACUGUUUGUUUCUUAUUGUUAAUAAUAAUUUCAUCAAAAAUUAUACCACGUAAAUUACCUAUUAAAUACAUUUUAUAAAAGCGUCAAAUUAGUACCUACGUGCUAGUACAUAUUUACUAAUGUACUGACUGCAGCUAUAGAAUAAUAUACGUAUGGUAAAUAAGUCCCUUAAAAAUAAACUGCGGUAUUUCAUCACAUCGUUCAAUACAAACAUUUUUGAAAAAGUAUUACUGCAUAAGACGGUAUCUGUGGCUACAAUGCUAUUAACAUCAGUUUUUUUUAAGCCCCUUUUCAAUCCGACCCUGUGUACACACAAAUAUACAAAUGACAAUACUUAAAACGACAGGAAAGAAAGACAAAUAAAAUACGAAAAACACACAUACCUUCCUUCCAUACCCAACAUUGCAUUGUCAUCCGAACACAUAAAUAUACGAUAUGAUUAAGUACAUACCUAUAAAAUGUGUACCAUACUCAAUGUUCAAGUUGAGCAAUAUACCGUUAAAAUAUAUCAAUUCCGUUCAAUUUGUA